AAUAGAUCACCAUAAUUAACAACUUCAAAAACCAUAGCAUUCCCCAGACCCACCGCUACUGGGUCUCUCAUUCUCAUACCGGUACCUCUCUCUUUCUCUCCCUUGUUUCUUUUUGCUCUUUUCUGCUUUUGUUGAAAUUUCAAACUCACGGGCGUUAUAGUUAGUAGGGUUCUUUCUUGGCGACUCUGACCCUUUGGGUGAGUGGGUUGUUAGCCUGCUGCUUGCGAGGUAGGUAGCUACGUGUAUCUUUUCAUGGUCAAUCAACAAUAACAAAUGCCGCCAUGUUUUUUCAUUCGUUCAUAAUUAAAUUAAAAAACACAAAAUAGUCCGAAUCCUACACCACCUACUUUCACAAUUUAAAUGUCAUUUUCAACAUUUUUCAACGAAAACCAAGUCCCCACUGCCAUCCUAUAUAAUUCAUUAUUAAAUAGUCACCCCGUUUUCUUAGGAUCCUGAAAGGUUUACACGAUGGAUCAAACCCAGAACUAUAUUUAUUGUAGCCGCCAGCGAAAGCCAUCCGUAUUCGGAUAAUGCCAUUGACUGUGAUGGUAGUAUGAUACAGUACAAAAGAUAAAGUCCUCAAAAUCCAAACCCCCAAAACUAUCUCUGAUCUUUAUCUUGCUUACCAAAAAAAAAAAAGAAAACUUAUCUCUAAUUUUGUACCGUAUAUUAAACAGAUUUCUAUUUUUUUUUCUCUUACUAAAAAUUUUUAAUUUAGUGUAUAUAUAUAUAUAUGUUAAAAAAAAAAAUUAUUAAAGUCAAAUCAGAAGAUGGGUCCACAAGCACAGUUCUGUUAUAAUAACGUUUUGAGUGUGGGAGCUUUUUCUCUUCCUCCUCCUACGGUAGCCAGCUCGUUCCACCAAAAUUCAGUACCGUUCUCUUGUAAGUCCAAUAGCUAUUGUUGCGGCAAAUAUUGGCUGUCCAGAUCUGAUAGCAACAGCAGAUCAAGCGGUGUGAGGAGAAUGGCUUCUUCUUCGCCUAUAAAGACCUCGCAUCACCGUCUGCGGCAUGUGGAUUCAAUGACGAUUCUACCGUCGGGUGCUGGCAGGAUAUCGCAUUUGAACGCCGCCAUCUUGGGCGAAUCCUUGGCUUCUGAAGAGAAUGAUCUCGUCCUUCCCAAUGACCAAUUCUCUUCUCAGGCUCUCGUCCCAUCCCCCGAAAAGUAUGUGGAGAUGUAUAAGAGAUCAAUUGAGGACCCUGCUGGAUUUUGGUCCGAUAUUGCGUGGUCAGAGUUUUACUGGAAAGAGAAAUGGGGACAGCAAGUGUUUUCUGAGAAUCUUGAUGUCCGGAAAGGCAAUAUUAGUAUUGAGUGGUUCAAAGGUGGUGUAACCAAUAUUUGCUACAAUUGCUUGGAUAGAAAUGUUGAAGCAGGAAAUGGGGACAAAAUUGCCAUUUACUGGGAAGGCAAUGAGCUUGGUGUUGAUGGCACUUUGACAUACACUCAGCUUCUACAGAGUGUUUGCCAGCUUGCAAACUACUUAAAGGAUGCUGGGGUUAAAAAAGGUGAUGCAGUGGUGAUUUAUUUGCCAAUGCUAAUGGAACUUCCAAUUGCAAUGCUCGCAUGUGCUCGCAUUGGUGCCGUUCACUCGGUUGUAUUUGCUGGAUUUUCUUCUGAAUCUCUUGCCCAAAGAAUUGUAGACUGCAAACCUAAAGUUGUGAUUACUUGCAAUGCUGUUAAAAGGGGUUCUAAGGUUAUCCCCCUCAAAGGCAUAGUUGACACUGGCCUAACUGAAUCAGCCCGAAAUGGAAUAUCUGUAGAUGUGUGCUUAACCUAUGAAAACCAAUCAGCCAUGACGAGGGAAAGUACUAAUUGGCAAGAAGGAAGAGAUAUAUGGUGGCAGGAUGUUGUUCCUAAGUAUCCAACUACUUGUGAGGUGGAAUGGGUUGAUGCGGAGGAUCCACUUUUUCUGCUCUAUACUAGUGGGAGCACCGGAAAGCCAAAGGGUGUUCUCCAUACAACUGGAGGAUAUAUGGUGUAUUCCGCAACAACGUUCAAGUAUGCAUUUGACUACAAACCGUCUGAUGUCUACUGGUGUACAGCUGACUGUGGUUGGAUUACUGGGCACAGCUAUGUUACUUACGGACCACUGCUAAAUGGAGCGUCAGUUGUAGUCUACGAAGGGGCUCCAAAUUAUCCUGAUUCUGGACGCUGUUGGGAUAUUGUUGACAAAUACAAGGUGACUAUAUUCUAUACCGCACCCACAUUGGUGCGGUCCCUCAUGCGUGAUGGUGAUCAAUAUGUUACCCGUUACUCGAGGAAAUCCUUACGGGUCCUUGGAAGUGUUGGCGAGCCUAUUAAUCCAAGUGCAUGGAGGUGGUUUUACAAUGUAGUUGGAGAUUCAAGGUGCCCUAUAUCUGACACCUGGUGGCAGACUGAAACUGGUGGCUUCAUGAUUACUCCAUUACCAGGUGCUUGGCCUCAGAAGCCUGGUUCUGCUACUUUUCCUUUCUUUGGGAUUCAGCCUGUCAUAGUGGAUGAGAAGGGUGUUGAGAUUGACGGUGAAUGCAGUGGGUAUCUAUGUGUGAAGGGCUCAUGGCCAGGGGCAUUCCGUACACUUUAUGGUGACCAUGAAAGAUAUGAAACAACAUACUUCAAGCCAUUCCCUGGCUAUUAUUUCAGUGGUGAUGGCUGCAGUAGGGACAAGGAUGGAUACCACUGGCUUACUGGAAGGGUUGACGAUGUUAUCAAUGUUAGUGGACAUCGUAUUGGCACAGCAGAAGUUGAAUCUGCUCUAGUCUCUCAUCACCAAUGUGCAGAAGCUGCUGUGGUUGGUGUUGACCAUGAGGUUAAAGGACAGGGUAUCUAUGCAUUUGUUACUCUUGUGGAGGGUGUUGAAUACAGUGAAGAACUCCGGAAAAGCCUCAUACUCACAGUCCGGAAUCAGAUAGGAGCCUUUGCAGCACCUGACAAAAUACACUGGGCACCUGGUCUUCCAAAGACAAGGAGUGGAAAGAUAAUGAGGAGAAUUUUGAGAAAGAUUGCUUCCAGGCAGUUAGAUGAGCUUGGGGACACUAGCACACUUGCAGAUCCAAAUGUGGUUGAUCAGCUUAUUGAACUCGCGGAUCGCUGAAGCUCCACACUCGGUAAUGUGGGAGGUACCCUCAUCAGGACUAUAUUCAGUCAUGUUACAGGCUCUCGCGAUUUUCCUUUUUUUUUUUUUGAUAAGAGGCUCUCACGAUAAUUUGUUAUUUGAGCAAUAGAAAGAAGACCCCUUAAUAAUACGCAUUCAUAUAUUUGGAUUUUUUUUUUUUUUUCAAACAUUUGGGGUGUUAAUUUAUCUGUCCUCCUUUAUCUGGUUGGAUACU